AUGAGCUCUCAGCGCUACGAGCGGAUCACGACAGAUGAUAGCGACGAUCAUGUAACAGGCCCAUCGCCGGCCGCCAUCCCCAACUCGCCACCGCCCUCCUUCCGCUCCCGAGCCUCGUCGCGCCGACCAUCGCGGGAUGAAGCUCAGCAGAACGAGGAAGAACGAGAUCUUGACGAUGCAUUUGACGCUCCCUCCGACGACGAUGACGACGACGAUGUUCGAGACCGGAGGCGAUUAAUUGUGACCAGCGACAAUACCACGGGUACACAAGAUGCAGCGCAGGCCAGCAGUGCGCUGAGGCCAGAUGGACCACAACGACAAGUCACGCAAUUGCCUGAUUUCACGCCCCAAGCAUCAAGUGGAAGAGUUAUCGGGAACAGCGCGAACGAUGGAGUGUGGGCGAACCUGAGUGCAAAGCCGCGGGCUGGAGAGGACGUUGACGAGAAGCCACCGACCUACGAACAGGCUGCGGCAGAUGCGACACCACCAUACUGGGAGACGACCGUCCUGUCGCCAUACGCCACAAUAGGCAACCCAGACGAUGUGUUCGUUGAUGGCCUGCUCGUUGGCUCACUCUUCUCGUUCAUCUGGAACGCACUGAUCUCGAUGUCCUUCCAGCUGAUCGGUUUCCUGCUCACUUACCUUUUACACACGACCCACGCCGCAAAGCAUGGUUCUCGAGCAGGCUUGGGGAUUACUCUCGUUCAGUACGGCUUUCAGAUGAGAUAUGCUGCUUCCAUGCCCGGACCAGGGGAACCAGCAGGACCUGGAAACGGCGCACCAAUGGACGGCAUACCCGAUGACCCCAAUUCACACGACUUCGACCCCAGCGAAGUAGCCGGUGGUGACGCUGCAGCAGCGGCCGUCGGCGGCAUAUCCACGAGCGAGUGGCUCUCAUAUGUUUUGAUGAUUGUUGGCUGGUUCAUAUUGAUUCGAGCAGUUUCAGACUUUAUGAAAGCUCGGAGGCAAGAGGCGCUUGUACGAUCAUCGCCCGAUCGAGGACUGGGCGUUGCGGUCGUCGCCGAGAAUGAGCGGCCUGAGACUAGCGUUUGA